UCAGGUGUCUUUUGAGAUACUGGAGAGAAUGCUAAGAGAAGAAGAAGAGACAUCAUCAAAACUGGCAGAAAGAGAAACAUUGAAGGUGGCGGUGGCAACGGUGGCAACAACGUUUCACACUGACGGAAAAGGCGUACCCUUGCUUAGUCGAAAACAACUUCUUUAUCAUUUUAAUUUAGUCUUCUUGAUUAAAUCAAAUUCAGCAGCCGGCCAAGCGGGAAGUCUCUGCUCUGCAGG